GCUGUGCCCGGAGAUCGUCGGCCGCGGGCGCCGCCUCUCGCUCCCCGCAGUGUCUGCGCCGGACUCCGCCGGACGGGUACUGUGCGCAAGGCUAAUCCUACGGCGGCGCCCCUUGCUGACGCGCCCCAGCCCGCAGACCGGCGUCCGUGCGGAAGACACAGCUGGGUAAUAUGUCGGCCUCCCCUGCUCACGCUGUGCCACGUUUUUCUUGCAUCGCAGGUGGCACCCAGGCUGAGUAGACGACACGCGUCAUGUACUCCGAGUGGCGCUCCCUGCACCUUGUGGUCCAGAGUGACCAGGGCCACCUGAGCGUGCUGCACACGUACCCUGCCGCCGUGGGCCGUGAUGUCGCCAACGCCGUGGUGCGCCCCCUGGCCCUCAGCUCCCCGGUGACUGAAAGUCUCCUCAAAACGGACAAAGAGGUGAAGUGGACGAUGGAAGUUCUCUGCUAUGGGCUCACGCUACCGCUGGAUGAGGAUACGGUUCGGCUGUGUGUUGACGUCUACACCGAAUGGAUCAUGGCGCUGGUGGUUCCUCGGGAAUCCAUCCCUCAGCCCAUCAUCAAGGAGCCGAACCUCUAUGUGCAGACUAUCCUGAAACACCUCCACAACCUUUUUCUGCCCAGACCUGAGCAUUACAGUCCCAGCCACUUCCGCCUUUGCCAGCGGGUGCUGAUUGCUGUGCAGAAGCUGGCCCGUGAGUCUGAGAACAUGGUCAGGGAGACCUGGGAGGUGCUGCUGCUCUUCCUCCUGCGCAUAAAUGACACGAUGCUGGCCCCACCCACAGUCGGUGGGGGCAUUGCAGAAAAGCUGGCAGAGAAGCUGAUCAGCGUGCUGUUUGAGGUCUGGUUCCUGGCCUGCACACGCUGCUUUCCCACUCCGCCAUAUUGGAAGACGGCCAGGGAGAUGCUAGCUAACUGGAGACAUCACCCCCCGGUGGUGGAGCAGUGGAGUAGGGUCAUCUGUGCCCUUACCUCUAGAUUGUUGCGGUUCACCUAUGGUCCCUCGUUCCCCCCAUUCAAAGUUCCGGAUGAGGACGCCAGCCUAAUCCCAGCAGAGAUGGAUAACGAAUGUGUGGCUCAGACCUGGUUCCGUUUUUUGCAUAUGCUGAGCAAUCCGGUGGACUUGAGCAAUCCCAUCAUCGUGAGCUCCACGCCCAAGUUCCAGGAGCAGCUGCUGGGCGUCGGUGGUGUUCCCCAGGAAGUCGUCCAGCACGCCUGCCUCAAGCAGCUGCCCCAGAUCUUCUUCCGAGCCAUGCGCGGGGUCAGCUUUCUGGUUGACGCGUUUCUAGGGGUUACGGUGUCUAAGAGUACAGUAUGUAAUGGACUUCCUCUUUUAGGAAUUUCUCGACCCAGAUCUGACAGCGCCCCACCCACUCCUGUCAACAGGCUGACCAUGCCCCCGCCUCCGUCUACCACCAACACCACACCACCUCACAAUCGGCGGCACAAGCCAGGUGGGGGGGCCAGGUCAGCCAGCAAGUCCUCCACGGGAGCCCCGUCUUACCCACCCAAGCUGCCCCACCAGCCGUCCUCCACUUCCCCCCUGUCUAGCCCAAACCAAACGAGCUCCGAGCCCCGGCCCCUGCCCGCCCCGACACGGCCCAAGGUCAACAGCAUCCUUAAUCUGUUUGGCCAAUGGCUGUUUGACGCUGCUCUGGUGCACUGUAGGCUCCACAAUGGAAUGAACCGGGACAGCAGCAUGACUGGUUUGUCGGAACGUAUCCCCAUCGUAACCUGGAGAGAGGCUGUACAUUUAAGACAAGACAAUGGUCACGUCCAGUUCCAGUCAGCCCUGGCCACCCAAGCUGGAGUGGAGCUGCGUAGGAAGGGCUCCCAGAUAUCUACAGACACUAUGGUCUCCAACCCCAUGUUUGACGCCAAUGAGUUCCCAGACAACUACGAGUCGGGAAGGGCGGAGGCAUGCGGGACACUAUGCAGGAUAUUUUGUAGCAAGAAGACUGGGGAGGAAAUUCUUCCUGUCUACCUCUCCAGGUUUUACAUGGUUCUUAUCCAGGGUCUUCAGAUCUCCGAAUUCAUCUGCCGCCCUGUGCUGGCCAGCAUUAUCCUUAACUCAUCUGCUCUCUUCUCUUCUGACCUGAAGGGGAUCAAUGCCGUGGUCCCUUACUUUAUCUCUGCACUGGAAACUAUUCUGCCUGAUCGGGAACUGUCCAAGUUCAAGACGUACGUUAAUCCGACGGACCUGAGAAGAGCCUCCAUUAGCAUUCUGCUAUCGAUGCUGCCCCUCCCCCAUCAUUUUGGAAACUUGAAGUCCCAGGUUCUUCUGGAAGGGAAGUUCAGCAACGAUGACAACACGUACCAUGACAAGCCUGUGACAUUUCUCUCCUUAAAACUGCGUCUGAUUAACAUUUUGAUCGGUGCCCUGCAGACUGAGACUGACCCCCACAACACACAGAUGAUUCUGGGUGCAAUGCUGAAUAUUGUCCAGGACUCUGCAGUUUUAGAAUUGACGGGGACCCAGGCUGAACUGGUGCCGCAGGGCAGCGGCGAGAGCUGCCACGUGUCAGCGAAGAGCCACAGCAGGAACAACAGCGGCAUCAGCUCCACCAGCGGGGGGAGCUCUGAUGUCACCACCCCAGACAGUGAGCGACCAGCUCAGGCCCUCCUCCGGGAAUAUGCUCUUCAUACAGACACGGCUACCGGCCUCCUGAUUCGAUGCAUCCACCUGGUCACCCAGAGGCUCAACUCGCAGUGGAGGCCCGACAUGAGCAUCUCACUGGCAGCUCUGGAGCUACUGGCCGGCCUGGCUAAGGUGAAGGUCAACGUCGAGUCCUCGGACAGGAAGCGUGCCGUCAGCUCCGUGUGCGGUUACAUCGUGUACCAAUGCAGCCGGCCCGCACCCCUGCACUCCCGGGACCUGCACUCCAUGAUCGUGGCGGCCUUCCAGUGCCUGUGCGUGUGGCUGACAGAGCAUCCCGACUUGCUGGAUGAAAAGGACUGCUUGAUAGAGGUGCUGGAGAUCGUAGAGCUGGGUAUAUCGGGGAGUAAAUCAAAAACCGGUGACCAGGAAGUGAGGUACAAGGGUGAUAAGGAGCACAACCCCGCCUCCAUGAGGGUCAAAGAUGCGGCAGAGGCCACGCUGUCAUGUAUCAUGCAGGUCCUGGGUACGUUCCCCACCCCGAGCGGCCCAGCAUCCCCCUGCAGCCUGCUAAACGAGGACACCUUGAUCAAGUACUCCACUGGCAGGAGCAACUUCCGUUACUUCAUUCUGGAUAAUUCUGUCAUCCUAGCAAUGCUGGAGCAGCCUCUGGGGAAUGAACAGAACCCCUGCCCGUCCCUGACUAUGCUGAUUCGCGGGAUGUCUGGGAGACACGCCUGGACCAUGCAGCUCUUCCACCAGCCCAGAGGGGCCCGAGCCAAUCAGAAGCAGGCGUUUGUCCCCGAGGGCCGGCCCACACCCAAAAAUGACGUUGGCGUUCGGUUCAACGUUAAGCAUAGACCUUUUCCAGAAGAAGUGGACAAAAUUCCAUUCGUUAAAGCUGACCUCAGCAUCCCGGACCUACAUGACAUUGUAAAUAAGGAGCUGGAGUUGCACCACGACAAGCUGCGGAAUGUGAUGGAGAAGCAGGUGGAGUACGAGGCCAUUCUGGAACGCCAUAGCGAGGAGAUCUGGAAGAAAAAGCCCUUCCCAGACCCGCUGGUGGACUGCAGGCCGCCCCCCUCUUCGCAGGAGUUCCAGAGCGCCCGCCUCUUCCUCUCUCACUUCGGUUUCCUGUCCCUGGAAGCCCUGAAGGAGCCAGGCAACAGCCGACUGCCCCCUCACCUUAUUGCCCUGGAGUCCUCCCAGCCCAGCUUCUUUGAAGACAUCAGAUACCUGGACCUGCUCCCCUGCCGGCCCUUUGACACAGCUUUCAUCUUCUACAUGAAAGCGCGGCAGAAGAGCUGCCAGGAG